GUUAGGAGGUCGGAAAAAAGAAGGCCAUGUGCAGUGUUUAUAUUUCAAUCAAGUUUCCAAUCGAAAGGGCCGCUUUUAGAAGACAGACAAAUGGGAGAGCUUUUGCUGAAUACGCCGAAGAGGAGGCAACUGCUCAAGGAGGGCAACCCCGUUUCCACCAGGUGCCAGAUACUAGGACGCGGAGCCUACGGCACGGUGUUUAAGGCUAUCUACCGGGAUCGGUGCGUUGCUGUGAAAAUUAUUCGAGCCCAGGCUUCUUCCACAUUGCACAAUGAGGCGCACUUGAUGAACUUGCAGCACAGGAACAUUGUGCGGCUGCUGAAACUAGAAUCCGCCGUGGAGUUCGGCCUGGUCAUAAUGGAAUGUCCCAGGGGACAAUGCCUGCAGAGGAUCGUAGACACUCUGGCGCUGCCACUGAUGCACAGGGUUUUGUACGAUCAGUUUUCCCCUUGCCCCUUGACCCCUGGAGUCAACCAUGCUAUUUUCAGGAUAACCCUGGACGUGGUCGCUGCUCUGAGGUACUGUCAUUCCCAGAACGUAUUACAUCUGGAUGUCAAGCCAACCAAUAUUUUGGUUGCCCUGGGAAUCAAGUCUGCGGGGGUUGGCCAUUUAUCCAAGGUCAGACGCAGUUACAUCUGCAAGCUCUGCGACUUCGGCUCAUCCAUUGAGAUGGGCGAGUCUUGUGCCAGACCAGAGCAAACUGGUGCCAACGGAACCCUGAGGUAUAUGUCUCCAGAAGUGCUGCGAUCAGAAACCCUAUCCGAGGCCUCCGAUAUCUACUCUCUGGGCAUCACAAUGUGGCAACUGCAAGCCCGCAGAUUGCCCUAUCACACGCUUGACUGCAACGAAACCAUAGCCUACCAGGUGGUGAAGCACGAACUUCGGCCGGAUAAGUACCAUCAAUUAAUGUUUCUGGCUCUGGACAGCCCCAGCCACUGCGAUUGGAACAUCGUCAAUGAAAAUGACGCCGACGUGAUGUACAGAAGGGCAAGUGCCCCGGCCCGCCGUAAUCUGAGUCUCGAUCCAUCUUACAUCGCCGGCCGAGAUCUGAAGAAGAAAUGCCGCCGGAACCGAUUAGCGCUCCACUUCGACAGCCAAGGCCCGGCGCCAGAGGCGAGUGCGUGCCUGGAAAGCGCCUACUCCACGUUGUACAGAAGCUGCUGGGUCAGCGCCCCGGAAUCACGUUUGGGUUCUCUCCAGCUGAAGCAAGAACUAGAACUCAUUCUAAGCCGCACCACCUAAGAAGUCCAAGUGACCGUGUUUGUUUGCAUUUUACGUUAUUGAUUAGUAGUACAAGCCCGUACAUAUUUAUGUAAGAUUUUACCAGCACGCCGCGAUAACCGUUUUUAAGAGGCGAGGCCACUGGUUGGGUCAAUAGUUUAUUUUUCUGUAACUUCUUUUUGUUUAUUUUGUACUCGCUACGCUAAGAAAAUACAUUUAUAAUGUUUAUACGAGCUUA